AUGGCACGGCUGGAGAGCCUGCAGUCCAGGAACAUCUCCAGCUCAUAUUCCUCCUCACUCCGAGACCUCCUGCAGAGGAAGAUCAGCGCUCUGGAGCAGCAGAUGCACCACCAGUCUCUUUCCCAUGGCAACGCAGGGGAGCACGAGAGUGAUGACCAUGAUCGCCAUGGCAACCACAGUGAUGACCACCACCACAACGAUGAUGAUGACCACCACCACUAUGAUGACCAUCACCAUGACGAUGACGACCACCAUGAUGAUGAUGAUCACCACCAUGAGGACGAUGACCACCACCACGAUGACAAUGACCACCACCACGACCACUAUGAUGACCACCACCAUGACAAUGACCACCAUCACAACGAUGAUCACCAUGACAUCAGCAACGAAGCAGAUAGCUACGCCCACCCCCGACUGGCCUAUCACCAGGGUCAGAGACCUGCUGCCCAUGGGCUGCACUCGAACAAACUGGACGCUGUGCUGAGCCACCUGCACCACCGCAGCUCAGACCACGGUAACAGACCUGUUCUGCAGUGUGCUGGGCUCACGCUGGGCGGUCGGUUUGAUGCCACCCAGGCCUUCGUGGGUGAGAUAUCAGACUUGCAGCUCUGGUCCCACGUGCUGACGGCCCACGAGAUCUACAGCCAGGCGUCCUGCGGCAGUCACAUGACCGGUGACAUCAUCGCCUGGGCCGAGACCCUGCUGGAGCUGCAUGGCGGAGUGACCAAGUACCCCUUCGACCCCUGUCACUGACUCCCCCUGCGCCCCGAAACUGCUGCCCCCAACAUGGACACGGACCUGAGAGCCCGGAGCUUCACUGGAACACUGGUCAGCCAGGACCCAGCAGAACCCAGCAGGAUGCAGCAGAACCCAACAAAACACACUCCACUGCAGUCAGACAGAACCCAACAGAACCCAGCAGAACCCAACAGAACACACUCCACUGCAGUCAGACAGAACCCAGCAGAACCCAGCAGAACACACUCCACUGCAGUCAGACAGAACCCAGCAGAACCCA